AUGAACCCUCCUCCGCUAAGCGCCAUGCAUCUGGUGCUGUGGCUCGUCAUCCUGAGCACUUGUUGUUACACGUGGCUCUCGUCGGAGCCCUUCCUGAGAUUUGGCAACAAAUUGGCGGGGAGUGGGGCUCCCCCGGUAAAUAUCACCGACCGCAUCGCAAAGAGCUCCCGAAUCGCAGAGGGGGCCAAAAGCAGCUCAGCAGAGAGCUUCAGAAACGGGGUGAGGGGAGAGAGAGGGAGUCCAUGGGAGCUGGGAGCUGCAGCAGAAGUUUCCGGAGAGGCAAGAUUCCCAGAGUUUUCACGAAGUGGGACCAGAAAGGAGAGGGAAAUCAUGGCAUCGAAUGCUUUGGCCGAAGAGUUUGAUGCGAUGGAAGGCUCGGUGAGAGAAGGAAGAGAAGGCGUCUCUAAGCCGGAAGUCUCAUUAGGGAAUCUAGGGGAGGAAAGCAUCCUCGCGAACGGUUCUUCUCAGCUUAAGAAUCCAUUGGACAUGCCUGAUGUGGAAGUGAAAGCGGUUGGGGAUUCAUUGCCCGGCAAGAACUGGCCGGCGGAAGAGCCCGGUUGCUUUCACCACCCUGCGACGGGGGUCGAGAGAUCGAUCGGGGACUAUAUUCAAGAAACCGGUUGUCCCGUUACUUUCUUCAUGCUCUGGACGACGACCAGCGCGCCGAACAAAACCCUAAAAUCCAGCGGGUUCCAAAUGCGGCAUCUCCGGUCGGUGGAGAGCGCUUUCGUCACGCACCCCCGCGCUUGCGUCAUCUUCCUCUCGGUGCUCAAGUUCGAGAACCGGUUCAUGAGCGAGCUGCAGGCCCGCGGAUUCCGGCUACUGAUUCUCGACGAGUUCGACGUGACGUCACUCGUGAAGUACACGCCGGUGGAGGUGUGGUAUAAGAAGGUGGACGAGCGGCGCAAAGGGAAACACUUUUUCUCGCACUUCACAGAUCUGAUGCGCCUCGCGAUUGUGUACAAGUUUGGAGGCGUGUACAUGGACACGGACUGCAUCGUCAUGAAUGACGUCACGGACGUCCGAAACUCCUUCGGCGCGCAGAUGACUGACCGCAGAACGGGUACGCCUAAGCAAGUGAAUGGAGCCGUACUGAUAUUUGACCGAGGCAGCAGUUUCUUGUACGAGUGCAUGGUCGAGGCGAGCGGCAACUACAACCAGGAGAAGUGGGAAUACAACGGCCCCGGUCUUCUCAGACGCAUGCUCUCGCGCAAAGACCUGGAGGGCAGUUACACCGUCCUGCCGACCAUGGCAAUGUACCCAAUCUACUAUAAGAACAUCUGGGCGUACUCUGGUGUGAAUGGGACCGCCAAGAGCGCCGACGAGCAGGCGACGUUUUGGGCGCGCAUGCGCAACGAGACACGUGUCUUCCACUGGUACAACCAGAUUGCGCGGAAGCACCGCGCGGCGGAGGGGUCGCUCAUGCGCGCAGCGUUCAACGAGUUUUGCAUCUUCUGCGAGGAGGUGGUGGAAUAG